GGAGGCGAAUCAUCUGACGAAGAAUCACAAGUACCAAACCCAUCAGCAUCCUCUAACCGCUUCAUCGCCGGUGUCUGUGUCACAGAGAGAUUAUGUUCACUAUUAAGGCGUUAGUGGCGGUCGUACUUUGUACGACAGGGACAUUAGCAGCCCCUCAAAGAGCCCCCAGUGGCUCUGACAAAGAUGCGGUGAUCACAUCUCAACAGCUGGAGGUCAACUUUGAUGGCAACUAUGUCAAUAAUUUCGAGACCAGUAAUGGAAUAAGUCACCAAGAAUCAGGCCAGCCUAAACAGGUAGACAACGAGACACCAGUGGUGUCGCAGGGUUCUGACUCUUACACGGCACCGGAUGGUCAACAAGUUAGUAUUACAUAUGUGGCAGACGAAAAUGGCUUCCAAGUGCAAGGUUCUCACAUCCCUACGGCACCACCGAUACCACCAGAAAUCCAAAGGGCGCUCGAAUGGAACGCAGCUCAUCCUGAAGAGGACGACGGUGGUCAACCACGACAACCUGCCCGAGGUUAAUCAGUCUAACUAUACCUCAAACGUGACCUGAUUCCGAGCUAGCUUGCCAUGGAUAGAAACGACCCUGAGCCUCCGAUGCGGAUUAUAAAAAUAAAUAAAUAUAGUGUGGUAUAUUAAUCUAGGAUUACAUUACGCAUAACAGAAAAACAAAAAUAAUAUAUAAGUUAUUAUAUAUAUACGUAUAUAUAUAAUAACUGUCGAGAUUUCUUUAUCUUUUUACAUUGUAUAGAGAAAGAAAGUAACGCGCAUUCUGUUAAACAAAAUAAAAAAAAAAUAUACAGUUUAUACGACAGGAUCGUGCAUGAUGCGCGAAUGCUGCUUUCAAACAUAUACAUAUAUAAAACAUGCGGAAAAAAGCGACGACGCCCAUCGCAGCUACGAGAAUAUGUGUAUCCAGCGUCGAUUAGCAUAUAUGAUACAUAUAUGUACUUUAACUUGUGAUUUUUGUAUAUAAAUAAAAAGCGUUCUGCCCGAAAAUAAUAUUA